AAACCCAUCUUCAGAAUCUCCCUCAUCAACCACGAAGCAAGCAGUCCGUCCUUGCUCCUUAACACCGAAGCCCUGCAAUUAUGAGGUUUUCUUCAUCUGCUCUGGUUUUCCUUGUUGCUGGGGUUUAUCUGUCCUCAGAGUGUUUCUGUACUGAAAUUAUUGGAAGAGAAGUGCAGCCACAUUCCAGGCCGUUUAUGGCUUCCAUCCAGUACCACAGCAAGCAUAUUUGUGGAGGAGUCCUGAUCCAUCCGCAGUGGGUGCUAACAGCCGCCCACUGCUACUCUUGGUUUCCCAGAGGCCGCUCUCCCACUGUGGUUUUAGGAGCACAUUCUCUUUCUAAGAAUGAGCCCAUGAAACAGACAUUUGAGAUUAAAGAAAUGGUCCCAUUCUCAAGAGUUCAGUCCGGUGUCCCAUCACAUGACAUCAUGCUGAUAAAGCUUCAUACUGCUGCAGAACUCAACAAGCAUGUCCAACUGAUUCACCUGAGAUCCAAAAACUAUAUUAGAGAUGGAACCAAAUGCCAGGUCACUGGCUGGGGAGCCACUAAGCCAGAUCUGUUAACCGCUUCUGAUACCCUGCGAGAAGUCACCGUUACCAUCAUAAGUAGGAAACGCUGUAACAGCCAAAGCUACUACAACCACAAACCGGUUAUAACCAAGGACAUGGUGUGUGCAGGCGAUGCCAGAGGCCAAAAGGAUUCCUGCAAGGGUGACUCUGGUGGCCCUUUGAUCUGCAAAGGUGUCUUCCAUGCUGUAGUCUCUCAGGGCUAUAAAUGUGGCAUUGCCAACAAGCCAGGAAUCUAUACCCUGCUGACCAAGAAAUAUCAGACCUGGAUCAAAAGCAAGCUCGCCCCAUCGGGUGCGCAUUGAGAUUGCAAGUGGUUUUCCUGGAACUGCCAGUCACGUGCUUUUGUCUCCAGGAUGCGUUUGCAGAGCGGCGUCCUCUUCAGAGGCUGUAGGGAGAGUGUGGCACAGCUGGGAUGUAUUUCUGUUCCUCAGAAAUUCAUUAUGUUAGGGAGCCAUACUCUUUUUUCACAUGUAUAAAUCAUUUCUUUUUACCAUGCUGGUUUCAUUCUAAAUAAAACAUGGAAAUCUG